UAACAAAGGAAAUAAAAAAAUUCCACAUUUCGCUGUUUAUUUGACAGUAGGUUGUGGCACUCUUUAUUGCAAAAAAAAAAAUUUAGGCAGAGCAAUUUCUGGCCCACCUUCAUUCACCGAACAAGCCACGUACUCAGUGUGGAAUACCACUCACAAUGUCCAGCCCUGCUAAUGUCAUAAAAUUCCUGCACAUUAUUGAAAAUCUCAAGAGAACGAAGCGAACAGGUUGGGUGGACAAUGGAAUCCGACAACCUGAAUCCAUCGCCGAUCAUAUGCACCGAAUGGGAGUCAUGGCCAUGUUGAUUAAUGACCCAGCACUGGACCGUGAAAAGUGUAUCAAAAUGGCAAUUGUUCACGAUCUUGCCGAAGCCGUUGUGGGUGAUAUCACACCACACGCCGGUGUUAGUAAGGAGGAAAAGUUCAGACAGGAACGAGAUGCCAUUCAAGGCUACAAGACCUUAUUAGACGAUCAGAUGGUUGCUCAGGAAAUUGCCCAGUUGUGGCAGGAAUAUGAAGACGCUACCACACCUGAGGCAUUGCUGGUUAAAGACCUAGACAAGUUUGAGAUGAUUGUACAAGCCAUGGAAUAUGAGAAAUCCGACAAUAAGAAACUUCAAUCCUUCUUUAAUUCGACAAAGGGAAAAUUCACACAUCCUACAGUCAAGGCAUGGGCAGAAGCAUUGUACGCAGAGAGGAAACAACACUUUGGAGAAGAGGAGUAAGUCAGGUUUUCCUUGCUUCUCAGAGCAGCUGCCGAAACCAUCCCCAUUCAUCUUGACCACAACGGUCUAUUC